AUGUUGGCAAUGAUAAAUCGUGUUCUGGACUGGAUUCGAAGUCUAUUCUGGAAAGAAGAGAUGGAGUUGACUCUUGUUGGUUUGCAGAAUUCUGGAAAAACUACAUUUCUCAAUGUCAUUGCGAGUGGGAAAUUUACCGAAGAUAUGAUUCCGACAGUUGGAUUCAACAUGCGCAAAAUCACAAAAGGGAAUGUAACUAUCAAGUUAUGGGAUAUUGGUGGGCAGCCACGAUUUCGUUCCAUGUGGGAAAGGUAUUGUCGAGGUGUCAAUGCAAUAAUUUUCAUGGUAGAUGCUGCUGAUGAAGAUAAAUUGGAAGCAUCUAGGAUGGAACUAAUCCAACUUCUAGAUAAGCCGCAACUUGAUUCUAUUCCAGUACUUGUGCUAGCCAACAAAAAAGAUCUUCCUGGAGCUCUUGACGAACGUCAACUUAUUGAAAGGAUGAAUCUGUCAGCGAUUCAGAACCGAGAAAUAUGCUGCUAUUCGAUAUCAUGCAAAGAGAAAGAUAACAUAGACAUAACAUUACAGUGGUUGAUUCAGCAUUCGAAAGGGAGAAGUGAUGCCUGA